CAGUGAACUGGCGCAAUUUUUUCUUUCGACUCAUCAGACGACAAUUUAUUUACAGGACGAAUUUAGUUAGCGCUGCAGAACAUUUUCUCCAUAAAACUAGGCCGUACCCAUCUUUCAAGCCAUGGCAAAUAUCGAUUCAUCUACGAAGUGCCAGGAAGUUGCAGUAACGUUAAGCGAAACAGCUGCAGUAGCUGAGAAAGAUGAUCUGGAACCAAAUUUACCCAAUGAUGAUUGUCCUGCAAAUGAAGAAAAAAUACAACACAAUGAGAUAAUAGAGCCAGCAGAAGCAGCCAAUGAUGAAAAAGAAAUAAAGAGGGAUAAUGUUGGAGAUAAUCAAGACACAGAAGAUACAGAAAUACUUCAAGAUGAUGAGGUAGCAACCCAAGAAGCGGAGGAAAAGAAAACAGAUGAGGCUGUCUCUAUACCAACCAAGCGAAGUGUGGAGGAGAAAGUGGAUAAUGAUGAGAUGAUUAUAUUAAGUAAAAAACUAAAAACUGAUGCCCAGCAGGAGAAACCUAAUGAUGGGAUUGCUUGCGAGGAGUAAAUAAUAAAUAACUUGCAUUACAAAAAUGUGUUAAGAUGAUUGCUAACUCGCAUUGUUUAAUAUUACUGUGUGUUUUAGUAUUGAGAUGCACUAAGUAUUAUUAUUAUUAGUAUUGAAAUGUUUGAAACACUUACGUCUUGUUCGAACUUAAGUGAUAACAUUCUUAACAUUUUUAAUAUUAUGAAUUAAAUGUUGAAUUUGUGAUUUAUAGCCAAUGACAAUAUUACAGACAAAGACUAAUAUUAUGUUGAAACACUUAGUGUGCUUACAAAUCUCCCUGCACUAUUAAUUCAAUGAUAUAAUAUUAUAAUGAAUAUUUAAGUUAAUUUAUCAUACAUGAUUAUUUGCAAUAAAAAGACAACAAAGA